AUGCAGUCCCCUGUCUCCUCUCUCCCUGUCCCCCAUGAUACUGUCUCCCCAUCUACUGCCUCUGCUACUCUCCCUUCUCUUUCUGUCCCUCACUCUCUCCCCUCUAUUUCCAUCCCUCACUCUCUCCCCUCUAUUUCCAUCCCUCACUCUCUCCCUUCUCUUUCCGUCCCUCACUCUCUCCCUUCUCUUUCUGUCCAUCACUCUCUCCCUUCUCUUUCUAUCCCUCACUCUCUCCCUUCUCUUUCUGUCCCUCACUCUCUCCCUUCUCUUUCUGUCCCUCACUCUCUCCCUUCUCUUUCUGUCCCUCACUCUCUCCCCACUCUUUCUGUCCCUCACUCUCUCCCCUCUCUUUCUGUCCCUCACUCUCUCCCCGCUCUUUCUACCUCUCACUCUACUGUCUCCUCUUCUGUCUCCCCUCAAACUCUCCCUUCUUCUGUUCCCGCUCUCUCUGUUCCCGUUCUGUCUGUUCCCUCUCUUUCUGUCCCAUCUCUUUCUGUUGCCCCCACCUACGCCUCGUCACACUCCUGUGAUCCCCUUCUCCGUUUCUCCUUCUCUGAUCUGAACCUGCCAGACCUCUACACCUCCUUCCAGUCCCUCUGCAGAAGCGUCAGGGAGAGAGUGGCCUCGCAAUCGGACGUGGGUCCAUUAUUUGUGUUGACCAAUGACAGUACCCCACUGCACACCCCAACUCUCCCCCCUCUUUCCCCUCACCCUGUACCCUCUGUAGUGCCCGGGCCUCCUCCUGAGGCAGACAGACUGUCUCACAGCAGUGUGGUGCCAGCAGACUGGUUCAGUACUACAGACACUCUGAAGGAGAGCUUUAGGGUCGCCAGCAGUCUGGACUGGGCCAACAUUGACCUCACUAGCCACCCAGACCUCCUGGAGAGCAUGCGCCAGGCCGAGCUCUGUGAUUGGGCGCUGGAGCCGACGCUCUUCACUUCGCUCUGUGAUUCGUUGAACCGUUUCUUCACUCAUAAGGGCCUAAUUGGCUCGUCCUCCGGUAACAACUCCCCAUUGGCCCAUGGUUCCCCUCAAUCUCUGCUCCUCCCACCCCUUACUCACAACACCCCCACCCUGGCCACCCUAACCCACCCCUCUCCCCUAGCCUACCCCCCUCUGAUCCCCCCUUCCAGCAGUUGGCAGUCCCCCAGGAGGCCCCUCCACCCCCAAACUCAGGGUGUACAGAGGCCCCACCUGACCCAACCUGGAGCUCCUCAGACCAAUGCUGGGAUGCAACUUCAACCUAAACCCCGUCCCCCUAUGAAACAUCUCCAUAACAACAGCGAGGAGAUCCAAGAUGACUUUGACUGGGACUCUCUGAUUGCUUGACAGAGUGGAUUCUGUUUGCCCCACGAUUCCAUUCAGGAAGUCUACUGGAUCAGUGUUGCCUGCCGGCACAGAUCUAGGAUCAGCUUACACUCCCCAAAACAAACCUGGACCACUGGGAGGAAACAUGCAAAACUGAACAUAGAUCAGUAUCUAGGGGAAACUUCCUCCUACUCCGAGGGGCCUCCCAUACAAAACACUACACCCUAUAUUCAGCUGCCUCACCACACACGCUACUCUUGCCAGUGAGGAUGGUCAUUGAUACUGCAUUCAGUCAUAAUGUAUUGCUAUAGUGAAAUGGUUGAAAGGUUUUUGGUUCCUACUUAUUUUCUGCAAUUGUAUCCCUAUCUGGAAGUCUUCACAGAAGCUUCUGGACAUGCAUAUAUCCUCCAACUGACAGAAGACUUCAUAUGUUAAUAAAACACUAUAAAUUGAA